ACCGCCGGUGGAGCUAGCUGCGGCGGCGAUGAGGAACAGGCUUGUAGCUGAUGGGAUUGGCUCGGUGUGUGCCACUGAAAUGAGAGUCGUAGGAGAGCUGGACGCAGUGGCGAAGUGCAUGGUUCAGAGUUGGGGCUUUGGGACCCAGAGAGUCUUGAAUGGCUAAUAGCGCGCAGGUCAGGGAUGCCUUUGUGGUCGGUGUAGUUUCGGAGGGGAGGGUGAGCGCGGUGGGUUACCAAAUAUUGGAGCAGGGGAUAAGGAGAUGUACUACUGAGAGCGCAAUCCACGCAACUGACUUGAAUCUUCGAUUGAAGCUCGAACAGCUCGUAUCCAUAAAUUUGCGGACUGCGAUCCCGGGGGUUGAGAAUGCUGGGCGCUUUGGCAGCACUCUCAACGCGGAGGCGGAUAGGAUAGUCGCAGACUUUGGGAUGGAUGUAGGGGCGUGGAACAUUAGUGUUGAUGGGGUGGAGGUCGACGUGUCGAUUGAGGUAUUACGAGGCCUACUGAACGCCGCAUUCCAGAUCCUCGUAGACGUCUUGCGUGCGCAGAUUCAGCAGGUUGGGCAGCUUAGCACUCCUGGGACCUCCGCUGCGGUGGAGCCACAGUUAGCGUUGUUUCUAGUAGGCAGCGUACGAGGACGCGGUUUGGAAUGAGGCAUGCCACGCAAUGGACGAUUGCGAGGGGAAUCUUGAUCGGGUAACGAGCCCUGGGCUUGGCUAUGGUUCACGAACAACAGAAACGGGCACUGUGGCAACAAUAAGUUGGAAGGCGUGAGAUGUUCAUACGUUUCAGAUUAUUCAUGUUCAUGGAUGAAAGUAGAGGGAGAAGGGAGGGUCAAAAUUCAGAGGAGGCGGGACAAGAGCACGUGCACGCCAAGCCCCACCGCAAAAACUCCCGGCCCGUUCCUGUACCUAAUUUCCUCAAAUCUUUCUCCUGCGCUUCUC